AUGGGGACAACUAAUAUCAGAGAAGCGGCAAGAGGAGUGUUGGGGGUCUUGAAGGGUUACUCUGGAAGACAUAAAGGGGACUGGUGGUGGAACGGAGAGGUCCAAGGUAAUGUGAGAGCUAAGAAAGCAGCGUAUUUAAAGCUAGUGGAGAGCUUAGACGAGGAAGAGAAGAUGACUAAUAUGAGGCAUUAUAAGAAGGCAGGGAAGGAGGUGAAGUUAGCGGUUAAGGCGGCUAAAACUGUCGCGUUUGGACGUUUGCAUAGCGAACUUGGGGAAAAAGCUGGGGACAAGAAGCUAUGUCCGAAAGCUACAGGUGUUCCUGUAGCAUACAUUGGACUGAUUAAGGACAUGUAUGAUAGAGCCAAGACCCAUGUGAGGAAAGUUGGAGGAUCCGCUCUUAGCCCAUUUUUGUUUGCUUUGGCGAUAGACGAAGUGACGCGUCACAUUCAAGGAGAGGUGACAUGGUGCAUGUUAUUUGCAGAUGACAUUGUGAUGAUUGACGAGACACGAAGAGGUGUUAACGCGAGGCUGGAGGUUUGGAGACAGACCUUACAGUCGAAAGUUUUUAGGUUUAGCAGGACUAAGACUGAGUACCUGGAAUGCAAGUUCGGUGGCGUGAUACAUGUAGAGGAUGAGGACGUGUGA